AUGUCUCGGCCGUCGGCGGAGGGCUCCGCUGCCAUGGCGACGCGCGAUGCAGAGUCACUCUUCCGGACGAAGAAGAUCGCCGAGAUCCGGGCGGUGGAGGUGGCCACCAAGGGGGAGAUCGAGGAGAAGAAGGAGGAGCUCCGGCAACUCGUCGGGAAGAGCUACCGGGAUCUCAUCGACUCCGCCGAUACAAUCGUCCUCAUGAAGACCUCCUGCGAAUCGAUCUCUAAUAAUCUGGAUGGAAUAGACGCCGCAAUUCGCUCCCUGUCUGCUCUGGCGGAGUCUGGAUCCUCUCCGCACCUCGCCGGCGCCAACCCUGCUCGUGUGAGGGUUUACGGGAUUGCAAGCCGGGUGAAGUACUUGGUGGAUACUUCUGAGAACAUUUGGGGCUGCCUGGACGAGUCAAUGUUCUUGGAGGCCUCCGGAAGAUACCUGCGAGCGAGGGUGGUACACGGACUGAUUAAGGGCGGUGAGAACGCUGACCGUGACGUUCUUUCCAAGUUCCCUAUGCUCCGGCAGCUUUGGGCGAACGUGGAGAGCUUGAAGGGUCAGAUCUCGCAGAGGAGCCGGGAGAGGCUGAUUGAUCAGGGACUUCUAAUCGGGGCGUAUGCUAACGCGCUUGCCGCCGUUGCGGUAAUUGACAAUCUAGAUCCGAAGACGGCUCUCAGCAUCUUCUUGGACUCAAGGAGGUCCUGGAUCUGGCAAAAAAUAGGGGGAUUUACUGCUGUUGCUUCUCCAGACCCUGAUCGCGUCUUUUCGACUCUGUGCGACGCGGUAAGGAUAAUUAGGUCUACUCUGGGUCAGGUUGGGGAACUCUUUCUACAAGUGUUCAGUGACUUGCCGUUGUUUUACAAGACUGUGCUGGGAACACCUCCUGGCUCACAAUUGUUCGGUGGGAUCCCAUACCCUGAGGAGGAGGUCAAACUAUGGAAGAUGCACAGGGAGAAGCUGGAAUCUAUCAUGGACGUACUAGAUCCGGUGUAUGUGGCCCAGUCUUGUUCGUUGUGGUUGAAGAAUUGUUGUGCCGACAUUUUUGGCUCAGUUCCAAACAAAAAACGUCUUAUCGACGGUGUUGGGACUGGAGAAGGACUGGCAUCAGCUGAGAAACUCAUCCGGCAGACACUAGAUUGUCGGGAAGAUUUGGAAGGGACCCUAGAUCUGUGGCUAAAGAAUGUUUUUGGUACCGAAAAUGAGUCACCUUGGAAUCAGAUCUGUGGGCUAGUCUUGAAGGACCAGAAAGAUAUCUUGGAAGAUACGUUAGAAGAUGCAUUUGUUCAGAAAAUGAAAGAAAUUGUGAAUGCAGGAUUUGGGGAGUUAAGCAUAACUAUUGAUGUAAAGAAAUCUGUUCAGUCGAUUGUAGUUGACCCUGAAGAAGUUAAUGAUUUCCGGGCGUACUUGAAGAGGCCAUUGACAAUGGGUGGAAUUUGGUUUUCUGAGGCAAAUCCUAGAAAAUCAGGACUUGGGUUUGUACCCAAACAAACAGUUGAUGAGAACGACUUCCGCAACUGUCUCAGUGCUUAUUUUGGGCCUGAAGUUAGCUCGAUUAGGGAUACUUUGGAUGCUAAAUGUGGUUUUAUUUUGGAGGACCUUCUUUGCUUUAUAGAUUCUCAUAAUUCUGCACCUAGAUUAAAGGAGCUAGCUCCAUUCCUUCAGCAAAAGUGUUUCACAACAAUAUCAACUUUGCUGAAGAAUCUAGAAGAUGAGCUUGGGCAGUUGUCUUCUUUGUUGGGAGACAAAAAUGGGGUGCGGAAUUCUCAGCCACCCUCUAUAAUAGUUGAAAGGGCUCUCUUUGUUGGGCGACUCCUAUUUGCAAUUCGUAACCACUCGAGUCACAUACCAAUUAUACUUGGUUCCCCACGAAAGUGGGUGAAAGAAACAAGCAGUUCAGGGUUUGGUAACCUGCAGUUAUCCUUUUCAAGGCAUUCUACAACUGGGCUCAGUUCUACAGUGCCUCCGAGCCCUAGAAGCAGAAGGAAUGAAAAUACCCUUAGCCCUCGAAGGCAAACAAUUUCUGUUGCUGCAGCUUUAUUUCCACUGGACGAUAGUAUGAAGCCAAAGCUUGAUGCUUUAAUGAAGUCCUUGCGAGAUCUCUGCAUCAAGGCUCAUAGCUUGUGGAUAUCAUGGGUGUCUGAUGGAUUGGCCACUAUUCUUUCUGAAGACGUUAAAAAAGAUGAUGCACUAUCUUUGACGACUUCACUGCUUGUAAGUAAAUCCUGCUCAUGUUAUUGGCAUUUCUUUACUUUCUUUAUUUAUUUUUUCUCAAAUAUUUUAUAGUAAUAACCUUUUAUGACAGCAAAUGUCGUAUAAAUUUAAAUAAACAUUUCAAAAAUUCCUGACGUUUUCGCGCUGUUAAUUAUUAUGGAAUUCUUAGGUUUAUGUUGCAUCCAAGGUAUAUCUUCUCAAAGAUUCCUUAGAUAUGGAAACCCCAAACCAAACUAGACACAAGAGAGCGGUUAAAUGGUGUUCAGUUAGAACUUUUGUCUGCGAGGGUGAUGAAGAAGAUGAACCAAAGUUUGCGUUCAUCGAAACUUUUCUAUUGGAGCGAAAUGCUAGGCUUAAUCGGUAAUUAGAGGAAGAAACACAUAACAUGCUAGUCUUGGAAAAUAGAUUAAAAUGAAAUUCCAAACUGUGUAGAAGAGAGGCCAUUGCUAUCGUUGAAUAUGCAGUAGGAUCAGUAAACAGAGAAAUUUUAAUUGUCAUGUAGGCCAUGAUACAUACACAUCAUGAUUUAACGUGAUCCAUAGUUAAAUUGGUUGGAUGAAAUAGGAGGACACGUGAUCAAUACUCUGAAAUGAAUAUAUGCCACCAGUGACAGACAGAAGUUUUCCAAUUGUCUAUAAAAUUAUUCAUCUUGUCAUGCUUUGAUAGCUGAUAUGUGAGGAAAUAAAUAUGGUAUAUGAGAAGAAGUUGAAUUGGUAGCCGUCUUUAGUGUGGUAUAUAUAAGGAUCCAUAGAAGUUGAUCAUAAAUGAACAAAUUCAUUUCAAUCUUUGUCAACUACCUAUAUUUCAACUAUUGCAAAUCGUGAGGGAGAUCAAACAAAGCAUGAAUGUUACUGGUUGUAUUAUAUUAGAAUAUCUCUUCAUUGUGGAAUGGACGUAUACUUCUGAUACUUUCUCGAGAACUUCUAGUUAAAUAACUUGAUACCGGUUUAUGUUCCAAACCCCUGGCACAUGGCCACUGGUGAAGGUAUAUCAGUCUCUUUGCCAAUCUUCAACGUCAGUCUAGGCUUGCUACUUGUAACUUGAAUGAGUCCAUUUUCGAAGGCUUAACUACUUGGAAUUUGGCGUCCAUUUCUUAAAGCAAACUGAGAAAAUAGGUGUAUUGCAAUACUGUAUGGGUUGACUAUUUACGAUUCCUGGUAAAACAUGGGAUAAAUAUUUUUCACUGUAAUUGUAUAAUUACUGAGAAGUUUAUGCUGACUACAUUAGGAGAUACCUUCAACUCGGGGCAGUCCAUAUUUGUCAGGGCCUCAAGUUUGGUCUUUUCUUUAGUUUCAUGUGGUAAAUUUUGCCGUUCUCUUAAGAUUAUAAAUAUCUCCUAGGUGCUGUCUGUGUUUCUCCUUGUAAGUUUGACUUUUUUGCCAUGGUGCAUUUGUAUUUUGUAACAUUUUACCCUAAAAUGUAUUUUGUAGUUUCAUAUAUUUUUCCUUUCCUUUUCUUUCUUAGUGCUGGAGAAAGAGGAGAGGAAAGUGAACUGAAAUCAUGUUUGACAUUGUCCUCUUUUCUCUGGGAGCCUUACGAAAAGAGAGGGUGGCCAGAAAUGUGAUCUGGCGACCCGAGACUUCUCUAUUGUGAUCAAUGGUCGUAUUUGUUUAAGGACAUUUAUGCAUAGGGAUGGUCAUCCUGUCCAGUUGUGUGUGUGUGUGUGUCUGUGUAAGGGGACAGACAGGUGGGGGUGUGGUGAUCCUGUUGUCCUUAAAAACUCUGCCAACGUCUUCAUUCGCUUUUGCCGUUUCUUUUUCCCUGUUAGUGAGAACCACGUGCUUUUUGCCAAAAUUAUUCUCUUUCUUACUGAAAGACCCACAGCACAUACCCUUGAAUCCCAAUUUCUUCUUCUGUCUUCUUUUCAGAUAAGGUUCAAAAUGAAUCUGGGACAUUAGGUCUAACUACCAAAUGCUAUACACAUUACUUCACAUCUCUUUUUGUUUUCUUCAAAGAUAUGGAAAUUUCCAACUGACUGUAGAGGAAAAUUCAAGGGCCGUUCCAAUUAAACAUAUGUACUGACAGUUCUCGGUGGUUCUUCAGUUCGUUCAUGGACUUCAGUCAGUAAUGACGGUGCUACAUGAUGACCCAACCAUAUCUACUCGCAAUUGAUGGGUUAUCAUGUCCCUUGAAAUCUGAGUCCUCAGAAGCACGUGCAAUCAACCUCCUGUAAUUCUUCACUUAUGAUAUGCGAGAAUCUUGUUUUGUAGACCCACCUUUAAACAAGAAAGUCAUUAGUCCAACUAUAAUAGCACGUGUAGAUCCAAAUCCGGAUGUGUUCAGGAGUGGUCAAGCUCGACAAAUCUGGUUGAUUUGGAUUUUUCUUUGCAUUCAAAUGGCAGAAAUCACCUAAUGUUGGCCAGCUAAUGUCUUUCAGUUCUUUUCAAUACGGCCAAUCAUUGGACUUCCUAUCCAAAUCGGGUUUUUGGAUAGGAAAUACCCUGCUAAACCUAUAAUCUUCAUUUAUGUUUGUAAGGCUCCACUUCCUAUCUCAUCCAGAAAUGCGAAUUAGAACUAUGAAUUGCCCCUAGAUGCUGGGUUAACUUGUGAAUGAAUAUAUCAAUGGAAGGAGAGAUUUCUGUCAAUCAGUUGACUUCUGCGAUUGCAUAGUAGGUUUGUAUGGUUGAAAUAAGCAGUUCUUGGAAUUUGACGGUCUGUAUAAAAUGUAAGAUGUUUUUGUUUAGCGUUGGCUACCUUUCAGCUAUAUAUCACACCAUCAUGGUCAAGAUCAAGCAACAGUGGUCAAACUUUGUAUGAAAUAUUCGUACCCUGAUUAUGCUCGAGAUUGUGUACCUUCUGUGUCGGCUGAAGUUGUGUAUUUGAAUAGUUUCCUAUCAGUUCAGACAAAAUGUGUACUUGUUUCUAUUUGGUUUUGAAUUAUACAACUCAAUGAUCUUAACAAAGCAUCAGAAUUGAUGAUUGCUUUUGGACCGCUUACAUUGUAUUUAUGUCAUCUACAUAUGACAGAGUCCAAAGGUUGAUUUGGUAUGAGAGGGAGACAUGUUAGAAUAGUCUCAGGUUACUUAAUCUAAAAAAAAAACAAGUCGUCAUCAAUCUCGAACUAUUACUUUCAUUGGUACUUACUUUUAAUUUUGUUUGGCCACUAACUUUAACAGUGUUAACAUGAUAUUGUUUAAAUGUGCUACACAGUAUCAUACCAUUUUGAGGUGAUCAUAGCACCCAUUGGAAGAAACCAGUCAAAUCAGUUCUAUUCUAAUUCUCUUGGAUAUUUUAUAAUAUCCCGUAAUGUUAACUGGAGAAACUUCCAAUGAGAGUGAAAUACUUUCAGAAAUCUCUAGUUUUCAGUUUUCUUAUAGGGUCGACUCAAGUGACGAGAAAUUCUUAGGAACAGGUGUUUCUGCAAUUUCAUCAUGUGGAUGGUGUGGCUUUGGAUCCAUCAUAUGUGUGUGUAUAUCUGUAUAUAUAUAAAUAUCAUAUAUGAUAGAUUUUGCAUUCACUAGCAUUAGUUUCACUUUUCUAUGCCCAAUUAGUCUGAUAUGUGAUAUCCUCGAAUCAUUUGUCUUUGCUUUGUUUUACUGUUGCAUCAUUUUCUGCGAUAUUUGAUGCAAACUUUUUGUUUAAUUUUUCCGCUAAAAGCUGAAUAGAAAAUAAGAAAGAUGUAGAAGAAAAGCUCUUCAUCAUCUUCUCAUCCUCACCGAUUCAUCUUCUCUACAAUAUUCAUGCCAUGUGUUACACCCAUCGUCAUAAGCCAAUUGAUUUGAACUUAUAUGCUGUUCCCUUGGACAACUUUUUUAAAAUAUUGGCCACAUGGUGCUCGUGAUGCAGGGUUGGGAGGUAACCAUGGUCAAACAAGAAGAGUCUGGCGAAGGCCCUCUGGAAAUGAAGAUCACUCUUCCUUCCAUGCCUUCCGUUUAUAUCACCUCUUUUCUUUUUCAAGCAUGCCGAGAGAUCCACAGAGUUGGAGGCCAUGUCCUCGACAAAUCUACAUUACAAAUGUUUGCUGGCAAACUACUUGAGAAGGUACAUGAUUUAGCUUGCCAUCAGAUGUAUACCUAAUUUUCAUUAUCAUUCCAUCUUCCGUCCCCAUGAUAUGUGUUAGCAGCGAAAGAAGCUUUUGUCUUUGAGCCUGUGUGAAUCCAGUGCAUCAUGCAAAAAGUCAGAGGCAUCUGAUUAGAGCAUAAAUCCAAUAACAAGAGCAAUUUAUUGAAACUAUUUCAAAUAAUGUGUUCCCUGAAUGCGGCUCCUAUAUUUUCUUGCCUAGUUUUUCAAAGUAAAUCAGAGUCUCUAAAAGAAAAUACUUUUGAACAUCCUGUGUACUCUAUUUAAUGGAUAAUCAUGUCUCUAAACAGCCACCAUUUGGAAUGUGUCCCUGCGGAUCUUUGUAUGAGCUAUUUUGCUAUGCUCCCAGGGGGUGGGUUCUUCUUCUGUGCGAUUCUUGGCUUCUUUUUAGAAUAAAAUGUGGAUUUAUAUAACGAAUCUUUUGAACAUCCGUCCAAUGUAUGCGAUCUGGCGAAUAAUCAUGUCUCUAGAUGGCUAAUAAUCUUCUGAACAUUUGCAUGCCUAUCCUUGAACGUCGCAUUAGUGGAUCUUGGUAAAUAUUUCCUGUAAGGAGGCAUAUUUAUACAUUAAACUUAUUAAUAAUACGAAACAAUCCGAUUUAGCCUAUCCUUGGUGGCACUCCCACGAAAUCUGGCUCUCGUCUCACACCUGGCCUAGCAAUUCAAUCCCUAGUUGCACAGCUUUAAAAAACUCCACUUCAGGUGAAGUGAAGUUUAUUUUUCUUACCCUCCAGCCGUUUUGUGGGACGGAUAGGCCUCAUAUUACUUCAUUUCAGGUGAAGUGAUAGCAUUUUGUCUGCCCAUAUUCAUCGGAUAAUAUUUAUUUGAAAUGUUUUGUCAACCCCCGUUGACUUUUUUUUUGGGUUUUUGUAGUUAUUGAUCACCUAUGAGGAUUUUCUCUCUGCCGGGACAGAUCGGCAUCCUGCGGUUUCAGAAAAAGGAGCUCUGCAAGUCUUGCUGGACCUACGAUUUGCAGCCGAUAUUCUGUCUGGGGGCAGAGAUUAUGGGCAGGAUGAUCAAUCAAAAUCUGAGACGGCAAAGCCUUCUUUCAGGCGAAAUCAGUCUCAGUUUCUGCCCAAUCCUGCCGCCUCUGAACGCGUGAUGAGAUUCAUCAGCUUGCUUUCACAAAGGCUGGAUCCCAUAGACUGGGCUACGUAAGGGACAGUGCUCUAUUAGCAUCAAAGUCAACUGCUUACCACAUUAUAAAUGCUGUUAUUCCCUAUUUCUAACAUCUUUUUAUUUUAUUUUAUUUCUAACUGAUUGCAGGUAUGAACCGUAUCUCUGGGAGAAUGAGAAGCAGUCAUACAAACGAUAUGCUGUCCUCUUCGGGUUCUUCGUUCAGUUGAAUCGCAUGCACACGGAGGUUGUUCAGAAACUGCCCACGAAGUCAAACACAGAGUCGAAUAUUCUUCGGGGCUUCACGGUUCCACGGUUUAAAUAUCUACCAAUCAGGUUUCAUCCUUAUUGCCUGCCUUUUGCGUCAACUCUUCUCAAGCUCUCAUCAUCGGUCCAAUGGAUUCAUAUAAUAUAAUGUUAGAUGUUGGGGUUUUUUUUUAUGGGUUUUCUCCCCGUUAUCUCUGCACCCAUCUCUCUCUCUCUCUCUCUCUCUCUCUCUCUCUCUCUGUUUUUCUCCGUUUUGGUUGACUUUUUUCCUCAAAUUAUUUCCUUUUUGGUAGUUGGUUCUUACAAUCGCUGUUUGGCAAUAUAUUUGUUGAUUUUUUUUCUAACUAAAAAGGGUAGAUCAUUAAGAUACUUAUGGUAGAUCACCCCCCUCCCUACGUACAAUGAAAACCCUCACUAACACUUGAAACUGAUUAAAAAAAAAGGAUAUAACGAUAUGGAUUCUUCUCGUAUUUUUCUCGUCUCAGUGGGCCAAUUCAAUCGUCAAAAGGUUCGACAAGAUCACAACUGGCGGGGUUUCCAGAUGGCACCUGGAAGCCAUACGUCAACGGUGAACGGUCGUCCAAGUCAGAGUUCGACGAUGCUCUCGGCUUCGGCGCUGCAACACCUCUCUUCAAGUCCUUCAUGACGCAGGUAGCAGAUGAUCCUCUCUGCCCCCUCAGAUUUUUGCCUUAAUUUCUGAUUUAUUGGCGUCAUUAAAAUAAGGAAAAAUGGUAUUUAUAUUACUUUUUAUAAAAACAAGGGAAUUGCCGGUUUAAGAAUUUCUCAUCGUGAUGUCAUGAAAUCAGAAAAAAAAUAAAUCAAGAAUAUUCGGAAAAGUGCUCCAUGCUUCCAAAUUCAGAAGAAAAAUCCUAAAUCAGUUCUUCGGGGAUCAAGAAAUUCUUUCUUUCUGGUGCUAACAUGAUCUCUUCUGUGAAUUGUUAUGGUGCGCGAGCCAGGUGGGGAGCAGAUUCGGGGAGAGCACCUCGCGCUUGGGCUCCAUGCUCACAGACGCCCAAGUCGGCAAGCUCAAGGACCGGUCGGCCGCCGCCAUGUCGACCUUCGGCGACAUGCUGCCCGUCCCGGGGGUCGGCCUCCUCUCGUCAUUCACCGCCGCCGGCGCCGCCAGGUCGGAAGCUUGA